CUGAAGCCUGCAUUUCCCAAUCAUAAUUUAGUUCACCCAAGAAUGAGGUUGUGACUGAGUAAAAUGAAUGAUCUUCCAGAUAGACUGUUUCUGUGUUACUGUAGGUCUGUGAGGAUGGGUUAGUGUAUUCUUCUCUCUUCUGUUGAUAUUUUACAUUUACAUUUUAGUAAUUUAGCAGACGCUCUUAUCCAGAGCGACUUAGUGCGUUCAUUUUAAAAUAGCUAGUUGAGACCACCGCAUAUCACAGUCAUAGCAAGUACAUUUUCCCUCAAAGUAGUUAUCAGCAAAGUCAGUGCUAGUAGGAGAGAAUUGAUGGCUCAGGUAGACCACACCUGCCAAUAAACUCAAUGUCACAACCUAAUAACGCACAACAUCUGCCAUGGGUCUGAUUUGGAGGAAUGGUUUUUGGUUUAAAAUGUCUGUGUAGGGUUAGAACUAUCUGCUUUUACAAAAAUAAAACCCAAGUCUUAUUUGACACUAACAAAUACUCUUGUCAUACCUUCGUAUACUGGUCAUACAGUGCAUUCGGAAAGUAUUCAGACCCCUUGACUUUUUCCACAUUUAGUUUCCCACCCCCUCAUUAAUCUAAACACAAUACCCCAUAAUGACAAAGAAAAAUCAGGGUUCUAUACAUUUUUGCACAGGGAAUCUUGUUUAUCAUGGUCUGAGAGUCCUUUAGGUGCCUUUUGGCAAACUCCAAGCAGGUUGUCAUGUGCCUUUUUCUGAGGAGUGGCUUCCGUCUGGCCGAUCUAACCUAAAGGCCUAGUUGGUCGAGUGCUGCAGAGAUGGUUGUCCUUCUGGAAGGUUCUCCCAUCUCCACAGAGGAACUCUGGAACUGAGUCAGAGUUACCAUCGGGUUCUUGGUCACCUCCCUGACCAAGGCACUUCUCCCCCGAUUGCUCAGUUUGGCCGGGCGGCCAGCUCUAGGAAGAGUCUUGGUGGUUCCAAACUUCUUCCAUCUAAGAAUGAUGGAGGUCACUUUGUUCUUGGGGACCUUCAAUACUGCAGAAAUAUUUUGGUACCCUUCCCCAUAUCUGUGCCUCAACACAAUCCUGUGUCCGAGCUCUACGGACAAUUCCUUUCGACCUCAUGGUUUGGUUUUUGCUCUGACAUACACUGUCAACUGUGGGACCGUAUAUAUAGACAGGUUUGUGCCUUUCCAAAUCAUGUCCAAUCAAUUGAAUUUACCACAGGUGGACUCUAACCAAGUUGUAUAAACAUCUCAAGGAUGAUGGAAACAGGAUGCACCUGAGCUCAAUUUCAAGUCUCAUAUGAAUGAGUCUGAAUACUUUUGUAGAUAAGGUUUUUCUGUUGUUAAUGUGUAAUACAUUUGCGAACAUUUCUAAAAAACUUUCACAUUGUCAUUAUGGGGUAUUGUGUGUACAUUGAUGUAGAUUUGAUUUGAUUUGAUCCAUUUUAGAAUAAGGUUGUAACGUAACAAAAUGUGGUAAAAGUCAAGGGGUCUGAAUGCACUGUACAUUCUUUGUGAUGGUCAGUUGACUUAUUGGCUAACGUUGCCAGGUUGUUUGCUGCCCCUGCCGUAGGGGAGUAGGCUCAUAAGGAAGGGUGGAUGUUGAGUGCAGCGUAAUCUAGAACAUUUUUGUGCAGAUUUUUCACAAAACAUGGAAAGAGACUCUUUACCUGAAGUAGCAGGUUUUGAAUGCAGUCUGGGGCCCAGCUGCCCAGCCCAACUACCUCUGCCUCUCAGAUUGGGGUGGGUGUGGAAAAUAGACACACAUACUCUCUAUCACUAUGUGUAUGUGUCUGUCUUUCUUACUCGCGCCCUCUCUUUCUGUCCCUCCUCACUCUCUUUCUCAUCACCCCUCCCAGUUCCUGAGGGAUUUGUCACCGUUUUUCUUGCUGAAUCACUUGCGGGCCCUGAGGGAUUGGUUAGGGCUCAAGACACUCACCCCUCACUCUUCCUGUGGCAACCCCUCCACUCAGCCCCUCGCCGUAAAACGGAACUGGUUGCGUGAUCAGCCUCAGUGUGACUGGCAGGAGGUGGAGGGUUUAGCUAAAACCCUACACACUAGGUAAACCAUUCAGUUUCCUUCCUUGAUUAAAGCUGUGAACAGACCCCAGACCUUCAUAUCUCUCUCUCUCUUUCUCUCUCUCUCUCCAUUGUUACUCUCCAUUCCUCUCCCCCUGGUGAUACCGCUCCACUCCUCUCUGGUGCUCCACACCUCGACUUCUCUCCAUUCCUCCUCAUCCUGUGUGGUAGGGCAGAUGUGCUCCAUAGGUUUUGCGCGGUCGCUGGGCUUUGCCCUUCUGCCCCUGGCUGUGUGCUGUAUCAUGGCCAACAUCCUGCUGUUCUUCCCUGGAGGAGAGAUCCAGUAUGUCCAACAGGAGAGACUGUCCAGGCUGAUCUGGUUCAUGAUGGGAAUCGGAGGGGGAGGUGUGUUGAUGUUCCUGCCUGCUGGAGUGUUCAUCAGCCUGGGGAAGUGUACAGGCUGCUGUUGGAAUGAAAGCUUCAUGAUGUGUGGGUCGGUAAUGGCAGCUCUAGUGGGUCUGGCCGGCUCGGGAUACUGUUUCAUCAUCUCAGCCAUGGCCAUGUUGGAGGGACCUCAGUGCUUCACUGCUCUGGGAUGGUCUUAUCCCUUCGCCAAUGAGGGAGGAAGGUACCUAAUGGAGAAGGACACGUGGUCUAAGUGCCUGCAGCCUGUCAGCGUUGUAGAGUGGAACGUGACCCUGAUGUCCAUCCUGCUGGGCCUCAGUGGGCUGGAGUUCAUCAUAUGUGUCCUGCAGGUCAUCAAUGGGCUGGUGACAGCUGUCUGCAGACCCUGCUGCUACAAGCAGGACUAUACCCUCAAUGCCUAAACACACAUAGAUGAGACACACACACACACGCAGAGACAGACACACACACACACGCAGAGACACACACACACACACAGACACAGACACCUGCACACACACACAAAAUUUGACACACACAUGUAAAUUAUACAUACACACGCAUGCAUAUAACAUAAGAUUGAUGUGCAUACACAUGAUAUGACACAUAAGACACAUGCACACACAUACGAUACACGCCAGGAGCGUGUACAAUGACAUCUGUUUAACAUUGCUUUCCAAACACUCCUGGAGGCGCAUCUCAAUAGUCCAACUUCCUCUCCUCGUAUCCUACAUAGUCCCUGGGCCAGUUUCUAAUCAGAAAGUGUGAUUAAUAAGCGAAUGCUGUCUCAUCCCUGUAUGAGGGAGAGAUACCUGUCUGAAAGUUCAGUUAAUUUAUAGUAUUCAUUUCAAAGCACUGUAUUAGAAAUACACUGAAUGAAUGUGUGUAUAAUACAGACCGGAACUGUAGUAUUUUUUAUGUCUUAAGUCUACAUUUUACUAAAGCACAAAAGUAUAUAUUUUUUUGUAUGAGAGUUUUGUCUUUUGUAUUACUGUUUUCAUUUUCUGAAAAUUGUUGUCUCGCAGAUGCUAAAUUGUUAAGGCCAUUUUAUAUAUUUAGUGCAUUUGUCAUAUAUUUUAGUGUUUGUGCUGCCUUAACUAAAUACGUAUUUUCCAUUUUAAUUGUUCUGAUUAUAAUUUUUUGUAAACAUACAUUUGUCAACGCUGUAUACUUUGAUACGGGUUAACGGGUUGGUUGGUUAGCAACAAAACUGACACGUGCGCAACUAUGGGGCAAAACAAACAGGGUUGGCUUAGAUUGUUGAAAACAUGUCAAUUAUAUUUUGUCUCUAAUGUUUAUUGAAAACCUAAAUAUACUGAACAAAAAUAAAAACGCAACAUGUAAA